CUUGCGUCUCCUUGCUCUCAUCCUCUUCGCCGUCCAAAGCACUGAUCUCUGCUCGAGUCCUCCACAAAGCCCGGAUAUCUUUCUUUGUUCGUGGACUUGUUGCUGCGCCAUGCGCUUGCAGUGUUGAUCUUUUAUCCCGAAUUUACCUGCAAUUGCUGCCAUCUCGACUUUGUUCUUUCACAUUCGCAUCUGAGACGAUAUCCCUCUGGCCUUUUCGUGCAACACCGACCUUCAUCAGUAACCCGCAGACCGACCCGACCCACUCCUUUGCACCCUCACCUUCCCUCAUCCCCAUCCCCAUCCAUCCACCUACCUGCCUUGCAUCCUCUCAACUCGCGCAAAACCAGCUCCUCGACUUAAUCCGCAAGCAUGAUCAUCCUCGACAACGACGAAGAACAGACUCCGAAACUCCAACCACCCCCAGACUCACUCCACACCGCCCGUGCCCCCGAAGCCACCCACCUCCGCCCUCGAGACCGGGACCCCAUUCUGCCCGACUACGAGACCUCACAGGCCCAACAUCGGCUCGUAUUCGAUGAUCUCAGUUUGAGGGCGCUGCGGACGAAGGGCUCGAGGGGGUGGAAUUCGAGGUUGUGCAGGGCGACGAUGUAUGCGUUCACGAUCUAUGUCGUGUUGUUUUUGGUGAUCGGGGUGCCGUUCAUGAUGACCAAGCUAAGAGCAUACGCGCCUUGGCACUCAUUUCCACCACCGCACGAGCCACCAGGAGGCCCUCCGCCUCCGCUACUCGUGGGAGAAACGAUAGACCUCGCUCUUCCUCUUUUCGCUGGUGAAGCCGUCCAGUGCAAUACGUGGGAAUCGUCGUCGUCUUCGGACGAGUCACCAUCAACCUCAAACUCGGCAAGCCUUCUCUUCCACCUCCCAACCGACACACCCCUCCUCAUCCGCAUCAACGGCACCUCCGACCCCGCCGAGAUCCACGGCAUCUCCGGCCGUCUGCACGUCGAUCUCAAUCCGGACGUGACGGUGGAAGAUGCGACGGUGGAGGUGACGGCGAGGUACGAUGAUAGUGGGAAGGAGGCGUUCAGGGAGACGUUUGUGUGUUUGAUGAAGAGCGAGAAUAAUACGGGGUUGAGUUUGUAUGUACCACGAAAUAUAUCCGAGACGGACAAUAUCGAGUUCAACAUGACGCUUCUCCUCCCUCGACCACAUUCCUCAUCAUCCUCCUCCUCAUCAUCAUCAUCUUCCUCAUCGUCACAUCCAUCAUCAUUAUGGUCCUCCCUCUCCAUGCUCGAGAAAGAAACCGAAUCCGGGAGCGGGAACAGUGGAGACAACAACAAUAACAACAACAAUUGGACGGGCGAACGGGAGCGAUACAGGAUGCAGAAGAUAUCGACGUACUUGCCUUAUUUCGAUCAGUCGUUUGGGAGGGUGUCGCCGCAGGUUACGUUUGAGAGGAUGUCGAUUGAGGGGUUGAAGAGUCGGGUUUCGUUCGAUUCUAUUGAGGCAUCAUCGUUGUCGGUCAAGACGUCAGAAGCGGAAGUAUCGGGGACGUUCAAUAUCUCGGAGACGAUCUCGUUGGAUACGAUCAAUGGUGCGAUUUCUGCAAACGUGUCAUUAGUGCAUGAUAAACGACAAGCAAAACCUACGUUCUUGGCAUUUGAUACCGGUAAUGGCGCAAUCGAAGGCACCCUCACAUUCCUCCUCCACGGGCCCUCACACGAACCCUGGCUCCGACACAGACACCACCAGCGCUACCACGACUUCGUGACGCACGCCCGAACUUUCAACGCCCCCAUCUCACUCUCGGUCACGCACGAUCCACACUCACAACAUCCUUCGCGAUACCAUUUCAGGGCGCUGGACACGCAGGGGGCGGUGAACGUGACGCUGGACGAGAUGUUUGAGGGGACGUUUGAUGUGGUGGCGAAGAGCGAUAGGACGAGCGUGGAGACGAGGGCGGGGGUGGCGAAGACGAGUGCUGCUUCGGAUGGUGACGAGGCGUCUGCGUCGGAGGGUGACGAGGCGUCUGCGUCGGAGGGUGGAGGGAUGAGCGGGUUGUGGGCGAAGUGGUUGAGCGAGGACAGGAGUACGACUGCUUCAAGUACGGGUCUGGGAGAGAGGAGAUUGGAAUACGAUCAUGAGGGGUAUGGGAGGAAGAUGGGGUGGUCGGGAUAUGGGGAGAGACCAGCGGAAGCGGGAGGUUCGCGUGGUAGUAGUGGAGAGGGCGGUGCUGGUGGUGCUGGUGGGGAGGGGAGUUCUGCGGGGACGGGAGGUGCGGGGAAUGCGGGUGGGGGGAGAGGUUCGUGGGGGAGUACGAGUCGGGUGGAGGUCGUUAGUAGUUUGAGUCCGGUGGUUUUGGUGCUGGAUGGGCCGGGGUGAUGGGAAGGCUGGAGGAUCUAUCUGGAAGGUGGAAGGUGGGUUGAGAGGAGGAGAUCGCCCUGGAGCGGCGUUGUAUCAUAUUAUGUUCUUGUACUGCUUUUCUUUUCUCCUUCGUCAUAUCGUAUCGUAUCGUAUCGCUCUUUCCAUGUCCCCAGGCAUCGUCGUCAGCUCGUCAGUCUGCAAUCCUCACAUCGAUAUCCAUAAUCACCCUCAUCCUCAUCCUCACUCUCACACUCCACCACAUCCACACACACUCGCUAUAUCUACCCUUUCGGAUUCAGAUUCAGAUAUCUCACAUCACAAUCUACCUAUGGUUAUUCGAUUUUCGAUCUUUGAUUUUUUUCGACUCUUAUAUAGGUCCUUUGGGCUUUCGAACGAUUACCCACUUCGAGUGCGCGUGCAGCGUGCACGUUCCGCCAACUUACCAUGGUGUCCGUGUCAGUGCCACCACCCUUCGCCUUCGAAUGUUGAUAUUCCUUGCACGACCCCUGUCUUUCUUUCAACGUCGCUUACACUUGCCUUUCCUUCAGCUUCUUGUGUUUUUCUUUUCUUUUCACUUUUUUCUCUUCUAGCAUGCUAUGUAAUCUCGAUCUCUCUCCAUAGGAUACAUACAGACACAGUGCG